GCGCUCUGAUUUGAAAUAGGAGCUCGGCGGACAGUUGCCUCCCUACUCCUGACUUUUAAUAGGCUGGGAAGGAAGGCUGAGAAACUUGACAUUGUCUUAGGAAGAGUCCUCCCCACCCGGCGAAGGAUAAAAGGAAAAACAAGACAGGGGAAAAACUUGCUUGCCCUGGGAAACUUGAUGGAUAUUCGCCCUGCCAAUAGCCCCGUGGCGCGAGCCUGAACGCAGCCCCUUCCCGGCUGGAUGGAUAAUGGGAGUCCAAACAUGAGGCAGAUAGCUGAUCAGCUUUCCUGGAUUUCGCUGACGCCACAGGAAAGCUGUGCCUGAAGAUGGAAACACUGGAGUCGGAACUGACCUGCCCUAUCUGUCUGGAGUUGUUUGAAGACCCGCUGCUGCUGCCUUGUGCUCACAGCCUCUGCUUCAACUGCGCGCACCGCAUCCUCGUCUCCCACUGCGCCACCAACGAGUCAGUGGAGUCAAUCACCGCCUUCCAGUGCCCGACCUGCCGCUAUGUCAUCACCCUCAGCCAGCGCGGUCUAGACGGGCUCAAGCGCAACGUCACCCUGCAGAACAUCAUCGACAGAUUUCAGAAGGCGUCGGUGAGCGGGCCCAAUUCCCCCAGUGAGACCCGCCGGGAGCGGGCGUUUGACAGCAACAGCAUGUCGUCCUGCGAGAAGGUCCUCUGCCAGUUCUGCGACCAGGACCCUGCCCAGGAGGCAGUGAAAACCUGCGUUACCUGUGAGGUGUCCUACUGUGAGGAGUGCUUGAAAGCCACUCACCCCAACAAGAAGCCCUUUACAGGCCACCGUUUAAUUGAGCCUAUCCCGGACUCGCACAUUAGGGGAUUAAUGUGUUUGGAGCAUGAGGAUGAGAAAGUUAACAUGUACUGUGUGACUGAUGACCAGCUAAUCUGUGCCUUGUGUAAACUGGUUGGACGACACCGUGAUCAUCAGGUGGCAGCUUUAAGCGAGCGCUAUGACAAGCUAAAGCAAAAUUUGGAGAGCAACCUCACCAACCUUAUUAAGAGGAAUACUGAACUGGAAACUCUUUUGGCGAAACUCAUUCAAACCUGUCAACAUGUUGAAGUAAACGCAUCCCGCCAAGAAACAAAGCUAAUGGAAGAAUGUGACCAGCUCAUUGAAAUAAUUCAACAAAGGCGACAAAUAAUUGGAACUAAAAUCAAAGAAGGAAAGGUGGUGAGGUUGAGGAAACUGGCUCAGCAGAUUGCAAACUGCAAACAGUGCAUUGAACGCUCGACGUCCCUCAUCUCUCAGGCUGAACAGUCGCUGAAGGAGAAUGAUCAUGCUCGCUUCCUGCAAACUGCUAAAAACAUCACUGAAAGGGUUUCCAUGGCGACUGCAUCCUCUCAGGUUCUAAUUCCUGAAAUUAAUCUCAAUGAUACUUUUGAUACUUUUGCACUUGAUUUUACCAGAGAGAAGAAAUUGUUGGAAUGCCUUGAUUAUCUUACAGCUCCCAACCCUCCCACCAUUCGAGAAGAGCUCUGUACAGCUUCUUAUGAUACAAUUACUGUCCACUGGACAUCGGAUGACGAAUUCAGUGUGGUCUCUUACGAGCUGCAGUACACGAUCUUCACCGGACAAGCUAAUGUUGUUAGUUUAUGUAACUCAGCCGACAGCUGGAUGAUUGUUCCUAAUAUCAAACAAAACCACUACACAGUGCAUGGGUUGCAGAGUGGCACUAAGUACAUCUUCAUCGUUAAGGCCAUUAAUCAGGCUGGCAGCAGAAACAGCGAGCCCGGCAAACUCAAGACAAACAGCCAGCCAUUUAAACUGGACCCCAAAUCUGCUCAUAGAAAACUGAAGGUGUCUCAUGAUAACUUGACAGUGGAACGUGAUGAAACAUCCUCCAAAAAGAGUCACACACCUGAGCGAUUCACAAGCCAAGGGAGCUAUGGAGUAGCUGGCAAUGUGUUUAUUGACAGCGGACGCCAUUACUGGGAAGUGGUUAUAAGCGGGAGCACUUGGUAUGCCAUUGGUAUUUCUUACAAGUCGGCACCAAAACAUGAGUGGAUUGGGAAGAACUCUGCCUCUUGGGUGCUUUGCCGCUGCAAUAAUACGUGGGUGGUGCGACACAACAGCAAAGAAAUUCCCAUAGAGCCUGCACCUCAUCUCCGGCGGGUCGGGAUUUUGCUGGACUAUGACAACGGUUCCCUUGCCUUUUAUGAUGCUUUGAACUCCCUACACCUUUACACUUUUGACAUUACAUUUGGACAGCCUGUGUGCCCCACGUUCACCGUGUGGAAUAAGUGUUUGACAAUUAUAACUGGCUUGCCUAUCCCUGACCACUUAGACUCCUCCGAGCAGCUUGCAUGACUGCUAAAAGCCAGAAGGUAGAACGACGCAUCUGCAGUGGGCUGCCAGGCAGCUGCUGCAGGAGCUGGCCUGGAGCUGGCGGACGGUAGGGCAUCCCAGAUGUUGCUAUUGCUUCUGGCCAGAACUGAAAAUGGGAGAAUCUCUCUUUACUGUGUACUUUGUAUGGAAGGACAAGAAGUGGCUUAAAUAAUAUCUUAGAACUUCUUUUGCCGUUGGUUUUGUUGGUUUUGUUUUGUUUUUAGUCCCUCAUAGGAAGGUUUAUAAAUUAUUUAUAUAAAAAAAAAAAAGAGAGAGAGAGGAUGAGAAAAAGAGAGGGGGAAAACCUGAUUUGGAUACCUGAAAAACAGCUGAUUUGUUUUUGCAUGUUGAUGGCCCUAUCCAUUAAAGUUUCAUCAGCUCAUUACAUCACUUUAUUUUACAAUGGAUAAAAGCAGAAAAUUGGAAGGAUAAAAACUGUGCAGUGGACAAGUCCAUAUACUGCAGAUGUUAUUCACGUUAAUAUUAUUGCUCUCAUUACCAGUCUUACUGUGUGCAACAUCUCCUAAUUUCUACUUUGCGCAUGGGAAUGUGCAGACCAAAAAGAACAAAAAUGAACAAGUAAGGAAGUGGAGCUAGCCAACAGAGCAAAAGGAGAAAGUUUAAUUUACUUCUGUUCACAGGGCAGCAUGUUCUCUGUUCAUUAAAAAAACAUGUGAAAUGUCUUCUAGAAAUGUGAGUGGAUAAGUCAUCUGGUGAUUUAUUUUAUUGAUGGCAACAUUCCCAUCUACCAGUGCUUCACUCUUUUCUUUGGAAAACAUUGUAGAAUCACUGAGGAUGUGAAAGACUCGUAUCACCUCUGAAAAUCAGCAACACUGGAGGAGAGCAGCCAAUCCAAGGUCUGACUGUAGCCUAAUUUGAUAAAACACUGUAUCAUUUAAGGUCUGAUUGUAAUAGAAGAUGUCACAGUUCUGAUGGUAGACAUAUGAAUGCUUAUUGCUGAUUUUACAAGGUUCAAUGCAGCAAGCCUAGCCAGUAACUAGGAAGUGAGACAUGAGUCACUUACCAUGCUUUUUAAAUUAAAGGCAAAUGUUUUAUUGUUGUACACUAUGCAGUAUCUAUAACAAAGCAAGGAAAUUUGGUUUACAAGUGCUGUAUGGAGGAACACUGUAGCUGGAGUUCACUCAUAUUUAUCAUUGUCCUGGAUUGUUUGGGGGAGCACAGUUCUCUUUGUGAACGAGGAGUACAUAACAAAAUUUCAGCAGCAGUAGGAAUCUGCACAGGUAAGCUCUACACUCAUCCUGGCGUUGGUGGGUGGAACGCCAAUAGUUGGUAUGGUUGUACCCACUUUAUUCCAAAGAUGAAUUUGUUGCAUUUUUUUCCUCUUUUCUUUAUACAGAAUAGGAGCCCUUUGUAACUACUCCAAUAUUUAUGUAUAAAUGAUCUUUUGGGGAGAUUUCUUGAGAAAUAUGAAAUGUAGAAGGCUAUAUGACAGCUUUAAAAGAAUGGUUUCUUACAGUGUUUUGUAGUUAGUAUGCACGGGGUGAAAAUCUGCCUGUGUAGAAUGAGGGUAAGUUGAAUACCAGCAUUGAGAAAAGGUUUGCUUAGUGAUUUAAAAUCUUGCUUUAGGUAUCCUUUGUAAAGGAUGCCUUAAUGCACUUUGUUCACUCAUGGGACCAAAAUAAAGUGGUCCCAAGCUCAGCUUCAAAUUUUCUAAAUUCAGAUUCUCCAGGUACAAAGAUGUACUACAGUUUGCCUUAUGAUGAUGUAGAGGAAGCUUAUGAGCAAGAUGAUGAAUAUGUACAUGCUUAUAGGUUUUUUCUUUUUUUAAUAGAAAAUAAAUGCCAGUCCAUGUUCCAUUGUUUUCCCUUUACAUGCUCUGCUAACUCCUGAAUUAAAUGGAGAAAAGUCUGACACUAUGUUGACUAGAACCAUUGCUUUCUGCUGGGACAGCUUUCAAUGGUUCACAGCUACAAGCCACUGAUCUUUCCAGAGGUGACAUGAAUAAGGGGAAAUAUAUACAUACAGUAUACUGCAGUGUUUAUUGUAGUAUCUCUGAUAGUAAAGAAAUAGACACCCUCAAAAAUGAAAAAGUAAACAGAUCUGCAAACAUUACAUUUUAUAACUGAGGACAAUAUAACCAAUACAACCUGAUGCACAUUGUUCAGGUGGUCUGGCCUAGGAUGUUUGGAAGGCAAUUCAAAUAGCAUGAAAAUUAUAACAACAGGUUGACAGGAGAUUAUUGAUACAAAGCUGUGAUAAAAAGGUGCAGGAAGAAGGGAUUUUUAAUAUAGGAUUGCUGCCAAGUUUCUGCCUAACAGAAAGGAGUAUAUUAUUACCACAGUUUGUGUAGCAAAGCUCUGAACUUCCUGUUUUGCCAGAAAUAUUAAAUCUAGAAGCUGAUUUCAGUAGUGAGCAAAAUGAAAACACUGUUCAGUGUUUGACCAUGCAAUGCUGACCGAGAUCAAGCUGAAUGGAACUAAUACCGUGAAUUUUGAAAGGUACCCCGUGACUUCAUACAUUUUCAUUUCAAACAUAGACCGUGAAUCUAAAGACAGAUCUUGGUUUUGGCCAAUGGGAAGAGGAUGGCCUGUUGUCUACAGGCCUUGCUGUAUCAUUUAUAUUUCAACACAGAAUACUUCAUUUGGAGCUAAACCACAUUUCUCUAAUGGACUCUUAAAUCAUUAUCAGUACUUUAUGUGCGCAUAUGUUUGUGUGUAUAUAUGUAUAUAUAUCUGGGGGUAUACACACACCGGUAUAUGUGCAGAUAUAGUGUAAUGUGUAUAUAUACAUAUAUACAUACAUACACACAGACUGACGGUAAUAAGUCAGAUGUUCCUUUUUCGCUUGUUCCUUGAACCAUUUCAUAUUGUGUAUGACUAUGAGGAAGCAAGUUUGCUAUAAAUGGUAUUCGUCUGGAUAUUUUUUAGAAGAACAAAAUCUGUUUAUUUUACAAUACUUGAUUCAAUUUGUGAUUAAACAAUAAAAGCAUCCAUUUGAAAAUGUAGCUUCUGUGGUCUGUGGCAUGUUGCUUGGUCCAUAAGGAUUGAUUGAAGUCUAGGAGAAUGGUGAUUCUUGCGUAAAAAUAAAACAUGAUACUUUAAUACAGAGUGCAGGCUUGUACAGGGGUUUUUCCUGUUUUUGAAAGUUUUAUGACUAGGAAUGAGGUGGUGUGGCUGUGUUUAACAAAGGCAGAUUUCUGAGCAAUAAUCUGCUGAGAUGCAAGCAACGAAUGUAACAGAUGGAGCCUGUGUCAGUAUAAUGAUCAUUUCAAGGAUGUACUUCACACCAAAGUUGUGAUUCAGUGGGGUUAGAGCAAACUGUAGAACAAUCCCCUCAGAAGACAGUGAUGUUGACUCAGAGUAGUCAAAGCUCUGGUCCAACUUAAUGUAGUGGAGAGGUGGGGAACCUUUUUCUUUCUGAGGUCAGAUAUGAUUUUCCAUGCAUUUGUCUUCCACAUGUUGAUGCAUGUAAAAUGGGGGGGAAAAUCUUUCAGCAAUGGGCCAUAUUCCAUGAUUUAGUUAGUAGACUGAUUAGAAUCAUUAUUUAUUUACUGUAGCUUUACAAUUCAUAUUGUUCAGGGUCUAAGUCUUUCCUCCUCAUGUUCUUCUGUCAUAGCUAUAUGUUAUUUUGAAAGCAGGUACAGGCUCUGGCCAGAUCUGCAGCCUUGGCCUUGAUCUUACAUGCUGUUUCAGGGGCAUGGGGGUUUCCCAUGGACUGUAUUUCUGCAUUUCUUAUGCCUGUGUCAUUGGAUAGUUGUAUUUCCACAUACUGACUUUUGUCCAGUCACCUUUUGUGGGACCAAAUAUAAACAUCUCCAGGUUGACCAAUCUAUCUUUUCAGCUGUAGCUAGGAUUUCAGCAACAUCAACCUUAUUAAGCUUGUUGAGGCUGCCAAAUUGUGAGUCAUAUGACCUUUGGGUUUUGUUUUGUUUUGGUUUUUUUUAAGUAGGUACAUAGGGGCAACCAGACCUUUUAUAGUUUCAGUCAAUCAGCGGAUCGGUGUGUAGUGGCUGCCUGAUGUGUUCAAUCUCUUCCAUGGAAUUUUCCUUUUUGUGAUUUUUACAUCAGUAUCUCACAAAUUGAAGCAACAAACAUGCACGGGUUGCUCAUGCAGUGAUAUACUAACAAUUGUCUUGUAACACCAAGUCUAAUGUAUUUUCAUAUCCUGAUCUUUCCCACAGUGAAAGUCUGUAUUCAGAUAUCAGAAAGUAAAGCACAGUAUUUUCCAGCUUGCUGGGUCUGUCAUCCAUUUAGAAAUUAUAAUCUGAAGUUCUGAACUUCAGCCUUAAUCUUUGUCUUUUCCACAUGGAGGAAAGCCUUGGUCCCUCCCAAGUAGCCUGCAUGCAGACAGUGUGUUCCAGAUUAUACAGAGCUAUAUAUUUGUAUUGUGCUUUCUGAAGUGGAAGAAACUCUCUCUACAUUUUAGUCUCAAUUUAGCACUUGAUUUUCAUACAAAAAUUAAGAUCUUAAAGAGCAGCGAUGUUAACAGUGCUUCAGUGUGGGUGAGACUCUUGGUUUGGACCUUGAGAUUUAAGCCAUGUGUAUACCUAAAUCUCUUUGUGCUGGUGUAGAUUGGUUUGUGAUUCACGCAGCAGUAGAAUAGUACAGGUGCAAGUGUUCUCUUCUGAGGUAGGCUCUUGCAUUGCCUCUGCUGUUGGCUCUGUUUUUAGAAUGUCUUCAACUCUGAGGUAGCUCUGGUUUAGAAGCCUGAUAUUGUAUUAGGAAGGCAUGGAGUCUUCUAACUUUUUUUUUUUUUGGUCUCCUUCUACAAUGUGAUUGACAGAGGCAUUAUUACUGCUCGAGAGAAGCACACAGGUAGCAAAAGAGGGAGUACUGGAGCAGUGCUGAGAUAGAUCAUUCAGAAUGACAGGACGGCUGGAAACCUGCCACUGCUACUUGCCUGAGCGCUAUCCUGCAGCUCUGCGAAGCAAGUCUGCACCCAUGCUUCCUUUUGUUACUGCUCAGCCCCAGUCUACAUUCCCAAAUGACAAAAAAUACUUGCAAUUAUAUGUUUGAAAUCCUAACCCAAAUAAAAGCAGGAGGGCAGGGAUGUGAGCCCCAGGCCUUGAUUCUCCUUUUAUUUGCCCCAAUUUUUACAUGUGUUGACUUCAAAGGAGAUAGUUCAUGAGAAACUGUACAGUUUUGCUAGCAGCUAAUGUGCUUUCUCCAAAGACAUGAUUUAAUAGGAAUGCUGAGCUGUUAGCACAGGGGCUCCUGCUUUACUGGGUUAUUGACCCCCUGGAACCUGGGGGUUCAUGGGCUUGUGUCCCCUCACCUACCUCUGUGUAAAUCAGGACUAUUUCCAAAGGCCAGCACAGGUGUGUUUUAAAAUGUAUGAUUAAAUAACAUUCUUCUUGGGUGGAUUGUUUGAGCAAUGCUAUACAGUUUCCUCAGAGCAGGAUGAGAACAAUUCUCUUAGCAGGUGCUGCAUUACUUUUAUAAAAAUCAUGAGAACAGCACAUGCAGAAGUUAUGAUAUAAUACUGCAACAUAGACUAUUGUUCUUGGUCUUCCAUUUAAAAAUGAAUAACUAAAGACACUUAGAAGUCUACUUCCUUCAACUAUUUAUCCUAAUAUAUGUAAUUAUUUGAAUGUAUGGAGAUGUCUCCUCUCAAGAAAUAUCACCCCAUUUCUUGGUAAUACACUGGGACACAUCGUCGUUAAAAGUAUUCCUGAAAAUCCAUGAGUUCAUAAAAUAGCUUAUAGCCUAGCCCUUGAAAGGCAUCAGAUGGAAGCGUUGUAUUUUGCUUAACGUUAGUCAUUGAACAGAAAAAAGUUAUUGCUGGUUAGACCACUGAAACAUUUUACAAUGACAGUCGACUGUCAUUCAAGAAGUUGUAAAUGUUUUCAUUAGCAUUUUUUUUGUUUUCCCUGAUUUUUAUUCUAUAUGGAGAAGAAAUGAUUUCACUGGGAAAUAUUUUUCUGUUAUUCUUCCCUUUUUUCACUCUUCCUUUUGCUUUCACUUUCAUUUUCAGAUGUCAAAACUUAGUAGCAAGAAAUGUGUGUAGGGGGGAUUACCUUUACAUUUUUUUAAAAAAGUUGGCUUUAUUUUGAAUUUCCUUAAAAAUUAUCUUUUUCAGGAAGCUCACAGAAAAUGAAAUGGAAAGUAAUGAAUUAAUGCAGUAUGGCAGCUUGCAAGUUAAAAACAUUUUUGAUGCAGAAGUUAAAGAAGGAAUGCAGAUAAGCCUGUCACUUGUCUACUAACUGAAAUAUUUCAUUAUUUUUGGCUUAAUAGUAUUGCGGUCUAAUUAAAACAGUAUUAUGAGACCCGAUUAAGGAUCACAAGUAGAGGAACAAUAAAUAGAUUAUUAUAGGAUAUCCCUGGAACAAGACCCUCUCCUAGCAAUAUAUAUUCAGCAUCAAUAAUAUAAGUUGUUUUCUCAUUUUUAAAUAAUAUUCCAUGUCCUCUCCAGCAGCUGUUCCCAGCCUAGAAGACUGUGUCACUCUUGGGAAGCAUAGCAUCCAGUUCCUCGUGGAACUGGAUAAUAGACCUUAUUGUGGCAGGUGUGAAGAUGCUGUUAGAAGAGUGAAAAUAUCUCCCAUUGGCAGAGGGCAAUUAGAUAUAUGAUUCUGUCUUCAUAUUUGUGUGAUAGUAGCAGUGGCCAAACUGAGGAUAAAGUGGGUUUGUCCAAAUUCGUGGGUGUGAGCAGAUCUGGAAAGCCCCUCAGGUGAUCAUAACUAGUGAAUACAACCAAUAGCAGACCCAGCUUAGAAUUAGAAAUGAGCAAAAGUAGAUUUGUUUCUUAAUACAAUCAGUAACAGUUCCUUUUAAUUUCACCAAGUAACUUUGACUUUUCUCCCAAUUUGUACACCGGUUUCCUUGUAAAAAUUGGAGCUGAAAAUGUUUUGUUUUGUUUUUCUCCACAAAGAUUUCCAGUACUGUCAUUUUUUUUGUCAAAGUACCUUGAAAACAAACUUUGCUGACAAUGUCAGCAGAGGCUAAAGGUGAGGAACAGCAUAGGACCUAGGGAAUAAAUACGGAUGCCGACUGAAUUCACAACAGCAUAAUACUGAUCCUUACCAGCAUUUCUAUCAUUGCUUAUUGAAAUUAUUCACAUGGAUGAAGAGAGAGAACACAAUUGAAUCCAACUUUGUCAUGUGCAUAAAUAAUGAUCAGUACAAAGUAGCAGAGGGAAUGAAACAAUUGAAAAAUGGGACUCUGCACUUUUCUGUAAGAUAAAUACUUGAUUUUGUUUCUCUGCUAACAGUUGGGACAUAGUAUUCUUGCUAUGCAUGUAUUUAGACAAACAGGAGGUGUUGUUAAGAAAGGGAGUACCUUGUAAGUAGCCAGGUGAAUUACUACUCCCAACUAUUCUGUAUAUUCUUGCAGAAACAAGACCAUUUGUAGAAAUUAGGAUAAAUCUUUGAAUGAUAUACACAUAAAGAACAAUAGAAAACAAAGCCAUUUAGUCACAAUCAGUAAUUCAAACAAAUCUACCAAAACCACUCUUUUGCCUUUGAAUCCUGAUGUUGAUUUCUGGAAUUUCUCCAUGGAGAGGAUGAAAUGUGAAUGCCUUGUCUUUCUGGUCCUAUGAAGCAAGUGCUCCUUAUUCGUAUUACUAGGAAAUCUCUCAGGAUGAAUAAAUUUAGUAGGAACAACUACAGAUUUCUCACCAGUCUGGAACGCGAAUAGACCAUUAACCAGUUUGAAGACUGAAUUACUAUCAAGUUAUGAAUGGUUUCAUGUAUUUUUUAACUGUGUGAGAAGAAGCCUGUUACAUUAAAAAAAUGUGACCAAUUUUAUAUAGACAUGGGAAUAGACAUCAUUUUUUCCAGCUACAAAAGCUGCUGUUUGGCAUGGUGACAGGAAAAUAUUUUUGUGAAUUUUAUAUAAAGCACCUGCACUUAUGCUGUUCUCAUGCACACAGAAGUGCUGUAGCCCUAAAGUCCUGAGAGCUUUCAUCUUUGUGGGGAAUUCAAAAGCUCUAUAAAUCAUGCUGAAGGGUAGGUUUGAGGGGAAAGGGAGGCUUUUUCCACAAAACAGUUCCCACUUGCCAAACUCUUUCUGUUUCCCCAAAAGUAAGUAUCAGGAGAGGCAAGCCAGCUCUCAAAGGGUCUCCAGCUCUGAUCCUUCCCUGACUUUUCCCGUGGCUGGAGCAGAGGCCCCAACCUGACCCUUGUGCCCACAUCUUGUGUGGCAACAAAAUUAUGUUAUGAAGCCUUAAGCAGGCUCCUCUGGCCAAAUUCCAGCUCUAGUAAUUACACAGAACCUGACUCCCAGAGGUGGAGGUUCAACUAGCUCAACUAGCAAGGUUCAGACAUUUCUCCAGUAGCUUCUGCAACUUCUGCUGGAGUCAGGAAAUGAGAGGAAAAUCUGCUGGAGGAAAGGGUGUGAAGACGACAUGUCUUCUAAAGAUGUGUCCAAAAGACUGAAGGAGAAAAUUUUAAAUGGCAUUCAUCCUCACAGCAGGGUCUAUGUAAGAAGGUUAGGAUGCAUUGUUCCGUGUUUUCAUAAAGACGUGGAAAGCUCCCUCCUUACACCUGACAUUCGCGUAGUGCCAGCAAGCAGGCCUCACAGUUAAUUCUGAAGAUUGGAAAAAUCACUAUUCCAUUUUUUCUCCCCACUCUCCACACAGUUUGAUAGAUAGGAAGAAAAAAUUGUCAAAUUCCACGGCAUGAAGGCUUGUAUCACUGGUCUUCAUUGUCUAAACCAACACAAUGCAAAAAGAGGCAAUCAAACCUGUGGGUGCAAAAUAAUUGACUUUUUUUAUGACAGUUUCAUGUCUGACAUAUUUUUAAUUAAAUAUUAUAAUAGUAAGAGCAACACAGUGGAAUAGUUAUCAUGAAUGGAACUCUGAUACUGAAAGGUGGAAAUGAACGUUGACAACGGAAAUAAAAUAAAUGUUAAUUAUUGUUGUUAAUGAUAAUAUGUUAAUUUAGGCUAGACUGUAACGAAAGAUGAUGAGUCAUGCAUGAAACAGUAUGUGUUUUGGUCAAAAUCACUAGUUAUGCCAGUCAGUUGUGAGGUGACUAUGUGAAAGCUGUGAGCACAGAAUGCACCAGGAAAGGUAAAAUUAGAGAGGAUUGCUACGAUGGUGCAGUGAGCAUGGUGGAAGCUCAUGUGGAAUUUAUUCAAGAAAGGUGAUAUUCACUAAAAGGAUCAGAGAAGAGGUAAUCAGAAGGGAGAUAGAUGUAUGUCUAGUUUAUUUAGCCUAGCAAAUGUUGGCUGAAGGGAGAUACACUUGUGUGUAUAAAUAUAUGACUAGGGGUAGCAUCAGGAAAGGAGAACAACUAUUUUAACUAAAAUAUCAGUGUAAAAAUAAAUGGGCUUAGCCUAUAUGUGGACAUUUAGGUCCAUAGAAUCCAAGAAGGUUUUCCGAUGGUGCAACAGGAGGAGUGGAAGAAAGGAACUUCAGUGUUCCUGAGGUGAAGCUUUGUGGGUGAGACUCAUUUCCCUUCAAUUUAAAUGCCCUGAAAUCAGUUGACUAAGCCUAAGAAUAUUUUCUAAGUAUCUGCUAUAGUGAAUGAGAAAGAAGUGGCAUAGCUAGGAGUCUGUUCAUCCCAGAUAUUCUAGCAGCCUAACCUGGAACAGGCAGGACUCCAGUCCAUAACUGGUCUUUCACUGUAGGUUGUGUAGGGGUUUACAGACAGCUAGCAUGGGCUUGAUGCAGGCUUUUUAGAUAGCUAAAGGCAGAUCAAGUGACUGUCACUCUAUAUGUUUAGUAAAUAGGAUACUGAUGUUUUUUAGAGUGGUAAUUAUACAGGAAAUCCAUUUGUUUGCAUAGUCAACAGAAAUUUAAACACAACUUCAGAGUUAAAGUCCUUGGUGUGGGAAGUAAGUUUGUGAUUUUUCACUGGCCUCAGUGAAGCCCAGAUUUACCCUUAGGAAUAUGGACAGGAUGAAACGUUGUAGGUCAAAGUCACGUCUUCCCCAACCAAAGACUGAGUCCUAUGAACCACUGAGCCUAUAUUUUUUUUGAAGCAAGAUAUUUAUGAUAAUGCUUCAGUAAAAUGGCCAUCCAGGCAAAGUUAGUGAAUGAAAAUGUAUCUGACCACAGAAGAACCAUCCUGGAAAAGGAUGUGUUACAUAUGUUCAUAUGCAUUCUAUGCAUACAUAGAUCGUUUGAUCAUAGAAUCAUUUGACUCUAAACUAGGUAGUUUAUCCAAUGGUGCAAAAUGAUAUGUAUUAAUAUUUUCUAUCUAGCAUUAUCCUUUAAAGUUUGUUUUAAUAGAGGUCACAAUCAAAUCUCCUCUAGCAUUUCUUGAAUUCACUGCUCAGCAUAAGAUUGUAUCAAGACUAGAAUAGCUGGACUCCGACUGACAUGGCUGCAUCGUUCAUUUCUCACAACACUAAGCAUAUAUAGACAUGAUAGACUGAGCACAAGUAUCAAACUCACACUGUGUAAAAUGGGUUUUGUUUAUCAAAUCAGGAGUUCCCCAGCAUGGUUCUCUUCUAAUGGAAAAGUUGCCAACAGUUAUAAGUUAAAAGGAAUGUACAGGAGACCUCUGAGAAGUGUUGGUUCUUUAACAUGCAAGGUGGAUGCUGAGGUCAAAAGUACUUAUUUUACUAUGCAAUACAUCUGCAUCUUAUGCAAAGGAAAUAGGGCUGGUUCUCUGAAGGGUGAUUGAGAGUUCUCUUGAUUUUCUUGGCUGAUUGUUUUUAGGAUGGCUACCUUCCAGAAGAUCUUAAUGGGGAGAGAAAAAUAUUCUAUGGAUGGAUGUAAAUAUUCCUUUUUUCAGAGUUUUAUACUUGACUCACCUCUCUACACUGUAUAUGUUACUUUCAGAGGUUUCUUUUCAUCUGUCUUUAAACAGCACUAGUAUUUAUCUAAUGGUGUUGUGGUGUGGAAUGAUACAGCCUUCAGAUUAAUAGAGUGCAUAGCUGAAAAAUGCCCUUCACAUGCAAAGUAUUGUUAAUUGCUUGUUCUUCAUAAAAGGGAAGGAAAUGACUCAGGCUGAAGAAAUGGUAGAGUGAGGACUGUUGAUUCUCUUCAUGCUAGUAGAAAAAAAAAGACUAAAUAAAAGGUGAGGGUUUCUGCAGGAAGCACUUUCUCAUGGGAAAAGGUUAACACUAUGAGAAAGGCAGGAUAAAUAUGGGGAAUUGACAAAAAAUCACUAAAACUAAGCAAAUAUUUGGGGAAAAAGCUUUGCAAACAGGGACUUAAUGGGGGUGCAAGUUGUAGUGGGAAAAGGAAUAUGGAUAUGUAUGGGAUAGUUUGAUGCACAUUGGAAGGACCAGCCAGAGGAUUUCUAUUUGCAGAGUGUCAGAAGAGCUUGUGAAAGUGCACUGGAAAGGUGUGCUUGGGCCCAUCCUGCUUAGGGAUCUCCUCAGAGUCAGGAGCAGCAAUAGAAAAUAAAGGAACUGAAACACAAAGGAAGCAAGAACGAAAUGGGAACAUUUUCUUUUCCUUUUCUACUCAUUAAAAAAGAAAAAGCCCAACCAGUACACAUGAAAUCAACAAUCAACUAGCAGAAGGAAACAAUGUAGCAUGAAAAAAAUUGUAAAAUGACGAUCUUUCUUCUUAUCUUUAUGAUUUGUAACAUCAGGGAUUAGUGAAGUGGAGAGAGAUGUUAACAUCUAAUUUAUUUUCACUGGUUGUGGUUACUUGUUUGCUUACCUUUGUUAUUUUUCACUGUAUAAAUGAAAUAUACCUUUAUUUCUGCUGCCUAAAACUCAGUCCGUCUACAGUUCUGAUUCACAUACAAGCAGGGACUUACCUCUAUGAGUAUUUCCCAAUCCAUACAAAUGUGGAAUUAAUCCUAUCUCCUUAUAAAUCCUGGGCCCUUCCAGUAGUACAAUGGAGCAGCUUUUCUCUGUCUCUAGCUGACUUUACCAAAGUCUCUGAUAAAUGAACUAAGUAGGCAGGUAGUAUGUUUUUAUGAGGCAUUUAGGUUUGGAAAUUUCAUGGCUUGAUGUGACAAAGAUAGGACUGAUUUGCUUUUCACACAGAAGCAGGCACUAAAUAAGUGGUAAAAAGCAAUGAUGGAUGGUCUGAUGUUAAACUGUUGGAGAGGAAUGUGUCUAAAGGGUGGUGAGGAUGUCUUGAUAUUGGGUGAUGAGGAAGUUUUGCGAAGACAUUGGUGAAGUCUCAAGAUCAAGGAUGUUAAUAAAAUGUAACUAAAGUCGCUGUAAUCCAAAAGGAUUUUGACAAAAUCUGUGUAAGGUUAUUGUGCUCCUAAUGAUGUUAAAAUAUGGAAGUUAUGUAAAUGUAAAUGAACUGAUGUUUAGCUAUUGGAAUAAGAUGCUACAAGUGUAAUGUGGGAUAUAUAUAAAUGAACGUGUAAUCUAGAUGAUUUGGGUUGUAAAAGGUGAUACUUUUACCAUCUGUUGGUUAUUUUCUUCUGCCAGGCUAAGGAAAUUGGAUAUGAAAAGAAAUAACAAUUUAUUAGCAAGUUUUUGCAUUGUAAGAAUGUGUCUUGAUUUUUGUAAUAAAGAAUGUUAACUCUA